CUCCUUUUUCUGCCCUUCUCUCGUGACUCUUACCAUUACCACCAUCUUGGCUGCCAAUUCUCUCUCCUUGCCAAUCAGCUAAACAAAGAGCAACAACGCCAAUCCAAUCCCUCCACAUCGCCUCCCUCUCCCAUAUACACCGACAUCUCCAACAUCUCCAUCACCAAAAAUGUCCUCCCCCGAAGACCGCCUCGUCCUCCCCAUCAUCGACUCCCACAUCCACAUCUACCCCGAGUCCGAAGUCCCCAACCUCGCCUGGGCCACCCCCGACCACCCGCUCGCCGGCCAAUUCUCCCUCGACCAGUACAAGCGCGCCACCCGCACCGCCCCGUCCCUGCUGGGCUUCAUCUUCGUCGAGACGGACCGCAAGCACGACCUUGCCGCAAUCGCCUCUGGCGGCGCCGAGGCCGAGGCCGGCUGGGAGGGCCCCCUGAAGGAAGUCCGCUGGCUGAAGCGCGUCGCCCUCGGCACGCCCCUCGACGGGGAGGGCCACGCUCCAGAGGACAAGUCGCUAUGCCUGGCCAUUGUGCCGUGGGCGCCCGUCAUUUGCGGCGCCGAGAUCCUGGAGCGCUACAUUGCCAGAGUCGAGGAGGAGGCCGGUGAGGCUUGGCCCAAGAUCAAGGGGUUUAGGUACCUCCUUCAGGACAAGCCGCACGGCACGAUGCUCGAGGACAAGUUCAUCGAGGGGCUCAAGUACCUGGGCAAGCGAGGCUUCGUCUUCGAAGUGGCCAUUGACCAGCACCGCCGCGGCAGGAAGCAGCUGGAAGAGACGGUCGAGAUGAUUGGGCGGGCACACGAAGGCGUUCCAGACGAGGAAAAGGUCACAUUCAUCAUCAACCACCUCUGCAAACCCGACCUCACCGUCUACAACGUCUCCUCCGACCCCUCCUUCACCGCCUGGCGCACCGCCAUCUUCUCCCUCGGCAAAUGCUCCCGCACCUACAUGAAGCUCUCCGGCGGCUUCGCCGAAAUGACCCCCGCCCUGCGCGAACAAGACCCUUCGCACAUCUUCCAGUCCACGCUCUCCUGGCUGGGCGUCGUGCUCGCCACCUUUGGCCCCAGCCGCAUCAUGUUUGCCAGCGACUGGCCCGUGUGCACCGUCGGCUUCGACUCAAAGGACCACAAUGAGGAAAUGGACGAGGUGGACGAGGCCUGGCCCAAGUGGAAGGAGGUUGUCGAGAAGAUGUGCUACAUGGGCUCGCUGAGCGAUGAAGAGCGGGCCAUGAUUUUUGGGGGCACGGCCAAGGAGGCGUAUAAACUGUGAGGGCGAUGAAUUGGGAGUUUUUCGUUUUCCGUUUGUUUUUUUCUUUCUUCUUAUCUAAUGAGAUGCAUGAAUGAACCUCUUUUAUCUAGUUAUACACAAAAUAAUGGCAUGUAUAUUGAAGAAACAAAAUCUCUGAAUUCAAAGCAAUCAUCAUUCACAAC